AGUUGUUUUUAAAAGCUGCUCAUUUUCUAUAAUGAAGUGAUUGUAAGCCGGACUGUCGCAAUAGGGACAAUUGCAGCCACUUUAGUGUUUAGUUUGUUGUUGAUCAGAGUAUUGCUUUUUUAACGGCUAACUAAGAAACUUAGAAGUCAGUCGGCAUAUGCCAUCGGAAUUACGCGGAACUAGUGGCUAGCUAGCUCAAGAAUAUCACGCGUUAAUAAAUUUUCGCUAGUAUAAACUAGAAAAGUGCGGGUUUCUUGAAAAGUUGUUUGAAAUAAAUAUCAAAAGAUGCAAAAAACUUAAAAAAUUUUGUGAAAGUAAAUCAAAGUGCAAAAAACCGCCAGGAAAUAAACACAUACUUCUACCUGUAAAGUGAAACAUUUUAAGAUAUUGAAUUUUUAGUGCAAGUACACGGAGUGCGUUUUUUUCUGUCGCUGCCUGCUGUCGUCGCCGCAACGCAAUGAGUAGCUAAACAAGUGUCACUUCUUUCAGAUUACUAGACUGGUGGGGCUGCCUGCAGAAAGAACCUCCAAACAAAAACAAAAAACUAAAAUGGAAAUUUGCAUAUGAAUAUACAUACAUACAUACACAAAUAUAUGUGCACACAGGGCAUUUUAUUGUGUAGAGUGAAACAAAGUCAAAUACAUUAAAGACAAAAAAAACAAAUAUUGAAUUCAAUUUAAAGUGCAAAUAUCCAAUAAAAUUCUGUACGGCUGUGAACGCACGCGAGUAAAAGUAGAAAUAUUUACAUACCUAUACAAAAUUUAAAUAUCUUUGUUUAACAAAACCAAAAAAAAAAGUACUAAUAAUAAACAAACAACUACAAAAACGAAAUGGCACACGGCAUGGAAUCGCACAGUACGCUGCUGAAGGAGCGCGUCAAACCCAUAGAUAUACAAUUUCGGGAUCUAAGCUAUAAUGUGCACGUGCAAAAAACGAAGAAAACUAUAUUAAAAGGCAUUUCUGGCACAUUCCGCGCUGGCCAAUUAACAGCGAUUAUGGGCCCCUCCGGGGCAGGUAAAUCGAGUUUGAUGAACAUAUUAACUGGUCUGACCACAAGCGGCGUUACCGGUACAGUACACUUUGGUGACUCACCUACGAAGUCGCGCAAAGUUUGUUGUUACAUAAUGCAAGAUGAUCACUUCCAUUCGUGGUUCACGGUUGAGGAGACAAUGCUGCUGGCAGCUCAGUUAAAGAUCUCCAACGAUUCGAUGAACAUGAAGGAAAAGAAAAUGCUGAUAGAACAUUUAUUGGACACCUUAAAGCUAUCGCCAGCUAAAUUCACACGUGCUGGAAAUUUGUCAGGCGGUCAAAAGAAACGCUUGUCAAUUGCCUUAGAAUUAAUUGACAAUCCAGCGGUGCUGUUUUUGGAUGAGCCAACAACCGGCUUGGACAGCUCAGCCUCUUCGGAUACCAUACAGCUGUUGCAAACGUUGGCCAAUGAGGGUCGCACAAUUGUCUGUACUAUCCAUCAGCCCUCCUCUCAUGUCUACAGACUUUUCAAUCAGAUCUAUGUGCUGAGUCGGGGACACUGUACAUAUCAGGGAACGCCGCAAAAUACAAUUGAUUUUUUGAAGACGGUCGGUUUGGAAUGUCCAACAUAUCAUAAUCCAGCGGAUUUUCUGCUGGAGUGCGUUAAUGGUGAAUAUGGCGAUCAUACCGAUGGUUUAGCAGUCGCUGCUUUGCAGCCCAAAUGGCGACACGAUUACGAUGCGGACGCACAACAACAUUUAGAUGGGUUGAAUGGUGUACAAAUUGUGAAAAUGAUUGAGUCGCAGCAAGCAGCGGAAAAGCCACAUUCACCCUCGAUAACGCCGCCAAUGUCCGCUACGAAACAUGUUUACCCGCCGCCUGAGUGGAUGCGCCUAUGGCUGUUGAUCGGUCGUUGUCAUGUGCAAUUUUACAGAGAUUGGACGGUGACCUAUUUAAAGUUGGCCGUGCAUAUUAUAUGCGCUUUGCUGAUUGGUUUCAUAUAUGGUGACUCUGGUUCGAAUGCAACGAAGCAGAUUGCAAAUUUAGGUUCAUUCACAAUACACAAUACAUAUCUGUGGUAUACGACAAUGAUGCCGGGGCUUUUAAGAUUUCCACAAGAAAUUAGUAUAAUCAAAAAGGAAACAUUUAAUCACUGGUACAAAUUGCGAACCUAUUACAUGGCAACGCUGAUAACAUCCACUCCGGUGCAUAUCAUAUUUUCUAUGACUUACAUCACAAUCGCCUACCUGAUGACGGAUCAACCUUUCGAAAUCGAACGUUAUGUCAAAUUUAUGUUAACAGCAGUGGUGGUGACGAUAUGCGCUGAUGGAUUGGGCGUGCUGUUGGGCACGAUACUAAAUCCAGUUAACGGCACGUUUAUUGGCGCUGUAUUGACCUGCUUCAUGCUAAUCUUUUCCGGAUUUCUUAUACUACUCACUCAUAUGUCGAGUUUCAUGCGGGUACUUUCGUAUUUGUCGCCGAUCCGCUAUGCCUUGGAAAGUAUGGUGCUAGCGAUAUAUUCAAAUAAUCGAGGAAAUAUGUUCUGUCCGAUGGAUGUGAUGUAUUGCCAUUUUAAAAACGCCAGCACAGUGUUGCGCAGUUUUGGUAUGGAAAAUGGAAAUUUCGGAAUGAAUAUAUUUAUCAUGAUUUUACAGUUGUCAGCGUUCAAAGGACUAGCUUACAUUAUGUUGAAGCGGAAGCUGCGAGCGUAAAUUAUUAACAUAUGUACAUGUGUCCAUUAGGGUGAAUCAGGGAAAAAAA